CUUUCAAGGUUUCCAUCUCUCAAAUUUUAUAUCUACUCCAACCACAAAGUCAGCUCCUCUCCCUCUUCUUCUGUUUUAGCUGAUAAAUGAUGGAUGAAUUUGUUUGCAUGGAGGACAGCUGGGAUCUGCACGCUGUGGUAAGGUCAGGAAGCAGUACUAAUUAUGAAGAUUUUGCCAACAUCACGAACAACCCACCUUCCUUGUUUGCUCCCUUGAGUUUUUAUCAAGAUGAGCUCUUAAAUUUCCAAGAAACCCCAACAGAUUUUGAUGGACUAGAUGGCCUUUACAAGCCCCUUUACCCUUUGUUGCACCAGACCUUUAAUUCUCCACAAAGCAAUAUCCUGAGUACCAGUAUCAGCACCACAUCCAUAUCUGUUCCAAAAGAAGUUAAAGAGAGACAAAAGGUGCAGAAAAAGAAGCCUGUUUCUCCUGAAUCUGCUACUUUUGCAAAUACUGUUGAUGCUACUAGUGCGGCCAAAUCAAAAAGGAGGAAGAAUCAGCACAAAAAAGUGGUUCAACACGUGAAAGAAGAUGGUCUCUCAUCUGAUAUGUGGGCUUGGCGCAAAUAUGGGCAGAAACCCAUCAAGGGAUCCCCAUAUCCAAGGAGCUACUACAGAUGCAGCAGUCUAAAGGGAUGUUUGGCAAGAAAGCAAAUGGAAAGAAGCCGUACAGAUCCAUCAACAUUUAUCAUAACCUACACAGCUGAGCAUAGCCAUGCCCAUCCUACUCGAAGAAGCUCCCUCGCCGGUAGCACCCGAAUCAAGCCAUCUAUGCCUAAAGAAGCCACUAAGAAUAUUGAGCCCAAUAUGCCAACAAUAAAAGACGAACUUUCGCCGAAUUUUGAUGGGGUUCUCUCCCCAACAACCCCUUCAGUGACUUCCAUUGAAGAUGAAUUGGUGCAAAAUGUGUGUAUUAAAAAUGAAGAAUUAUUAGAUCAAGGGCAGGUUUUGGACGAAAUUGCCUUGCCAGAUAUAUUAUUCAGUGACGAAUUAUUUCCGAGUAUAGAGGAUUUGGAAGGGCUUCUUCUGGAUGAAUUUGCAGAUUGUCGAUCAUCCAAUAUACCCACAACUAGCUCUUAAUUAAUUGUGGCCGCGCACUAUACUAGUUAACUCGAGGAGAAGCUGCACCAGAAAUUAAUGAGCUAUAUAUAUAUAUAUAUAGGAUUAAAUUUUCUUUUUCUCCUUGUUUUUUGUUGUAAUUUAAGUUUUGUAUAUUCGAAUCUAUCUUGAAAUAGAAGAUUUCAAGAUAUAUCAGGAAUGAGUAUGUUAGGGUUUUAGAGAACAAUGUUUCUGUAUCUAAAACAAUAAUGGGCUCAACGUUCACCUGUUCUUGAUCAACUGCUGCAAACAUGAUAUUCUGUCAUUA